UUGUCUAAAUUAACCACACUAAUAAAAACCUUAGAGCUUCAAAAAUAAAGAUUAAUUUUCAUAAGAUACAAUGAAAUUUAAUUUUUCCAAAGGUACAGGCUUUUUGCAGGUGUAUAAGACGUCACUGAACUGAAAUACUGAGCAGACACGCCAUCUUAGUUUCUAUUCUCGUGCUUACUGUAAAGUAAUUUCAGUGACCCUUCACUUUUACCUCCAUUGGCGAAAAAAUGUUCUGAAUUCCAGUGAGGAGCAUUCAUGUUUGAUGCUCUCACCCUAGGGAGCACAUGUUUUACUAACCCAGCUCCAGUAAAAAUCCAUCUUUUUACCCCUCCCAUUAAUUACCUCACAUAUAUAAAAGAUAAAGAAAAUAAUGGAGUAUUAGGGUUUUGAGAGAGAGAAAAGUAUAUAAGCAAGAAUCAAGUUAAAAAGACCAUCUUUUUUAUUCUUUUUCUUUUGCAGGUUGGGUAAUUUAUGUCCACACCUUAGCUCUUUCUCUUAUCUUCUCUUCUGAUCAUCAUCUUUCUCAUCACUAAUCAUUUUCAGUCUCUUUUUUCUCUCCCUUUGUCCCCUCCUCUCACUAUCUAAUUUUUUUUUAUAUACAACCCCACUUUAGAUCUAUUUUCUUUGAGGGGUGAUGUAGAUUUUUUUCUUGUAGUCAAAUUCCAAUAAUUACAUAAUAUAUAUAGCAGAUACAUAUAUUUAUAAAGUAAAAAAGGGUGUAGGUGGGGAGGGUGGUUGAAGAGAGAGCAAUGGAAUUUGAUGAAGAACAUGAGGAGCAAGAAGAGGAAAUUGGAAAUAUUCACCAAAUAUCAUCAGCUGCGGCAACUAUUAAUUUCCAAACACAAGGAAAUAAUUCAGUUAGAGGAGGAGUUGAAGAAGGGGUUUCAACUACUGUUAGAAAGAGUGGUGUUAGGUAUAGAGAGUGCUUGAAAAAUCAUGCCGUGGGCAUAGGCGGACAUGCUGUAGAUGGCUGCGGAGAUUUUAUGCCCGCCGGCGAAGAAGGUACUAUGGAUGCUUUGAAAUGUGCUGCCUGCAAUUGCCACCGGAACUUCCACCGGAAAGAGGUUGAAGGAGAGGUGUUCCACCAUACCCCUCCACCCCACCUAACCCACCACCACCCCCAACCCCAUCAUUCCCACCACCCCCAAUUUUCUCCCUACACUUCCUACCGAACCCCUCACCACCCAUCUGGGUACCUACACGUCAACCCACCACCCCACCAAAGACCCUUAGCACUACCAUCAACUUCUAGAGAAGAUGAAGAUAUGUCGAACCCGAGUAGUAGUGGGGGUGGGGGUGGGGGAAGUGGUGGGGUGGGUGGUUCAUCAAGAAAGAGGUUUAGGACAAAGUUCACAGCAGACCAAAAGGAUAAAAUGUUGGCAUUUGCUGAAAGAUUGGGGUGGCGUAUGCAAAAGCAAGAUGAGGCAUUAGUGCAGCAGUUUUGUGCCGAGACAAAUGUUCAGCGCCAUGUUUUCAAAGUUUGGAUGCACAACAACAAGCACACUCUUGGUAAAAAACCCUAAGAACAUUUUCUCGAUCACUAUUAUGCUUUUCACCUUUUUAUGGGUAAUUAAAAGAAAGCAUCUAUUUGAUGGAGGAGCAAAAUGGGAAGACGGCAGCUAGCUAGAUAUAAUAUCACUAGCCAAGGAUUUGUUGUAAGAGAUUACUUAAUUAACUUUUUUGUUAGGGUUAAUUCCUAGCUAGACAUUUUUAGUCACCUUGGUUCUUCUUUAUUUAUGAAAUUCCAUUUGUCCACUUCAAAUUCGAUCUGAUUAUUUUUGUACGUGUUCUUGGGCUAUUUUCUGUGCAAUUAAUGAUGAUUUCUAGCUA